AUGCCGGCCCGGACGAAAAAGGCGGCGCCUCCGAGGCAACACCACUCGAAGACUGAGGCAAGGACGUUGAAGCGGAAGAGAAACCAGGAAGACCUCUCCAAGCUGAAUGCCUCCGUCGACGAACUCGACCCCAAGGCCUUCUCGUCCAAGAACUUCGCGGAUCUUCCCCUCUCUCAGGCUACCUCGGACGGCCUGCGCGACUCGCAUUUCGAAACCCUCACCGAUGUUCAAGCCCGUGCUAUUCCACUCGCCCUCAAAGGCUCCGACAUUCUCGGCGCUGCAAAGACGGGCAGCGGCAAGACCUUGGCCUUCCUAGUCCCCGUCCUCGAGAAGUUGUUCCGUGCACAAUGGACGGAGCUCGACGGCCUCGGAGCUCUCAUCAUCUCGCCGACUCGUGAGCUUGCCGUGCAGAUCUUCGAAGUGCUGCGCAAGAUUGGUCGACACCACACAUUCUCUGCCGGCUUGGUCAUUGGUGGGAAGAGCCUGAAAGAGGAGGCUGAAAGGUUGAUCAGGAUGAACAUUCUCGUGUGCACACCCGGUAGAAUGCUGCAGCAUCUCGACCAGACGGCCGGCUUCAAUGGCGACAAUCUGCAGAUCCUGGUCCUCGACGAGGCGGACCGCAUCAUGGACAUGGGCUUCCAGGCUGCUGUCGACGCGCUGGUCGAGCACCUGCCUACGAGUCGACAGACCCUUCUCUUCAGUGCUACGCAGAGCAAACGAGUAUCAGACCUCGCCCGAUUGAGCUUGAAAGAGCCCGAGUACGUCUCCGUCCAUGAGGCCGCGACUUCGGCAACACCCAGCAAUCUACAACAGCACUACAUCGUCACCCCACUCCCCGAAAAGCUCGACACACUUUACAGUUUCCUCCGCGCAAACCUCAAGAGCAAGAUGAUCGUCUUCUUUUCGUCGGGAAAGCAGGUCCGAUUCGCCUACGAAAGUUUCCGACAUUUACAACCUGGUAUCUCACUUCUGCACCUUCACGGAAGGCAGAAGCAACUAGCCCGACUGGAGAUUACGUCCAGGUUCUCUUCCUCGAAGCAUGCCUGCCUGUUCGCGACCGACGUCGUCGCCCGCGGAGUUGAUUUCCCUGCUGUCGACUGGGUUGUCCAGCUCGACUGUCCCGAAGAUGCAGACACCUACAUUCACCGUGUCGGCAGAACGGCCCGAUACGAGCGCAACGGUCGCGCGGUUCUAUUCCUCGACCCGAGCGAGGAGGAGGGCAUGAUCAAGAGGCUGGAGCAGAAGAAGGUCCCUAUACAAAAGCUCAACGUCCGCGAGCAGAAGAAGAAGAGCAUAAAGGACCAGCUGCAGAACAUGUGUUGGAAGCAGCACGACGUCAAGUACCUGGCCCAAAAGGCUUUCAUCAGCUACACGCGAUCAAUCCAUCUCCAGAAGGACAAGGAGGUCUUCAAGUUCAACAAGCUGGAUCUUGAGGGCUUUGCCAAGAGUCUUGGUCUUGCCGGCGCGCCGCAGAUCAAGUUUCACAAGGGCGAGGAUGUCAAGAGGAUCAAGAAUGCCUCGCGUGCCGCAGCGGCCAUCUCAAGCGGCUCCGACUCGGAGGACGAGGAAGGCACUAAAGCUACAAAGAAGAAGAGCAAGGAUGAAGUACGCACAAAGGCUCAGAAGAUGCUGGAGCGGACGAACCAGGACGUCCUGUCCAAACACUACCGCAACCUCGUCGACGACGGCGCCGAUGACGGCGAGGACCAAGACUUCUUCAACGCCAAGCGCGUCCUACGCGACGACGACUUUGACGAGGCCGCCGGCGACGGGCCCAAAGCGCAGCCCAAGACGGUCAGCCUCGGCUCCUCGGGCCAGGAGCUGGUCAUCGACUCGAAGCGCCGCGAGAAGCUGCUCAAGUCCAAGAAGCAGCUGCUGCGCUUCAAGGACCGCGGCCAGAAGCUCGUCUUUGACGACGACGGCAACGCGCGCCCCAUCUACGAGCUCAAGGACGAGGAGGAGUUCCGCGACGAAGGCCCCGCCGAGGCCCUGCGGCAGCAGUUCGUCGACGCCGAGGCCGGGCGCGUGCGCGACGCCGACGUCGAGGACAAGGCGCUGGCGCGCGAGAAGCGCAAGGAGAAGCGGGCCAAGCGCAAGGCGCGCGAGCGCGAGGAGCUCGGCCUCGCUCCCACCAGUGGCGGUGCUGCCGCGGACGUGCAGCUCGGCGGGGCGGACGACUACGAUCCCGAGGAAGGGCUGGCGCUGCUGCGGUCGCUGCCCCUCCCCGGCGAGGAGAGCGGCGGCGAGGACGAGGGCGACAGCGGCCCGCCCAAGAAGAAGGUCAAGAAGUGGUUCCAGAAUGACUCGGACGUCGAGGACACGGACGGGGCGCCGGCGCGGAAGAAGGCCAAGAAGGGCGGCAAGGUCAUCGAGAUGGCGGAGGAGCCCGAGACGUUGGAGGACCUCGAGGCGCUGGCCACGGGGCUGCUGGAUGGGUAA